AUGUCCAAAGAAAGCGGCGACCCCAACGCCAUCGACCUCCUCUCCCGCAUAGCAACUCUCCUCGAACAAGUCGCCAGCAACCUCCACCACAACCAUUUCGACCGAGCCACCAUUCAGACCAUCCUCCUCCAGUACUCCUCGCGCGCCAAAUCUGACGGCCACCUCAUCAACGCCUCAAGACAGGACUCCCAGUGCGUCGAACACGGCGUCUUCCUCUCCCACGUCCACGUCGAGUUACUCUGCUGGCUAACCAAACACAACUACACCCUUCCAGCGUCCUCAGUGAAAUGGUAUAGCUGGCGCAAGCUGAUUUCGCGGAAGUACCGUCUCCCAUCACUAUUUUCUGUUCGCGCGCACAGGGCGCAAUUGGAGGAUCUGUUGCGGAAUGUGGUGGAUAAGGGGGAACUGCUGCAUGCGGCUCUGCGAGCUCAGGAGGUUGAGGUUCCAGAUGUUGCGAUUGAUUAUCGACAGGUGACGCCUCAGGCGCCGCAAGGAACGCCGCCAGAAGCUCUUCAUAAACUGCUGCACCGCGCGAUGCUGGAUGAGGUGCUACUUCGGGAGGGAAGGGUAUCAAGCUGA